AUUUUCUUUCUUUCCAGGUUUUAAGCAACUCAGUCAUGUCCGACCCAUUUGCACCCCAGCACAACUUCACCAGAAAAGCACUGGACUCAUCUCUUCUCUCUCUUCAUUUAUUACUAUUGUUCAAGAAAAAGAAAAAUGUUUUUGGGUUCUUAAAGUCAAGAACUGCUGAAGAGAGAGCAUCAAGAAAAACGAAUGGGUUUUCUUUUGGUUGAUUUGGGAAACCCUAGCUAUGGAGUGGGGUUUGCAGUUUUAUAUGAGGUUGUGGGUUUUGUGGAUUCAGAUCUGGAGGGUCAAAAGAAAAGAACCAAAAGAAAAGAAAAAGAGGGACACUGGAGAGACUGACAGAAGAGAGUGAGCACACACAGGCAAUUGUAUGAGGCCAUACCAUUGCAGAGGUGCGUGCUCACCUCUCUUUCUGUCAGCUUCCCACUUGCAAGUGUUUCCUCACAACUUCCUUAAACCUUUAUUUUGAUUCUUGAUUCUUGAUGCAUACAACACUCAAACUGCUCAUAAUUAAUUCUUGGUUCUUGAUAUGCGCACAAACACAGCCUAUUUCUUGCUUGCUUCUUCUUCUUCUUCUUCUUCUUCUUCUUCUUCUUCUUCUUCUAUUUAUACUGCUACUAAUAAAGACUUGUAUUUCUCUCUCUAGAAAAAUAGAAAUCUCCUCCGCAUGUCCUGGUUACCAUACCCUUCCAGUCCAGGAAGGACACCUUUCUUUAUGGCACCUUCUGCUUUAUGGAACCUUUCUUUCUUUCUUUCUCGUCACAGGCACUCAAAAAUUAUAUAUUUCUUUUGGAAGCACCGAGCCGGUGGCAAUGACGGGGAAUGUUGUUGAGUUGAUCAGAGGUCAGGUCUUUCUAUCAUUAAUUGGUUAUAUAUAUAUAUAUACAUAAAGAAAAAUUAAACCACUUGACUGUUUGUGAUGAUAUAUUUAUAUAUUAUAUUUAAAAACUUGUCAUGGAGCUUCGAAGCGUGAUUUUCCAUGGUCCUCUUUGGUAGAGGAAAGGACCAUGCGAGUAUUCUUUGAAGGGACAUUUAUUCCUGCAGCAAACUGCAGCUUUCGAGUUGUCUCUCAUCUCAUGGACUCUUUUCUAGUAGACAAAAUGGGACCCUUAUCAAAAUGGGUCUCUGCUAAGGUGCCAAAUAUGGGAAGGAUUUCUUGUUCCCUUUUAUGGUCAGAUAUGCGCUAUUCUAUGGCUAAAAGGGAAGUUUUUGCUGAGAAUUUCCAUGUUCACAGCACUUAUUGUUUUGUUUGGCUUUUGCGGGAACUGCUUCUUUUUGCUGCUGCCUCCACGAAACAGGAACAUGAGCGGGAAAGAUAUUGUGAGCAUGAUUUCGAGUGGUGGAACUGUUGUGAUCGAAGAAGUUUCAGAUUCAAAUAGCAGCACUUAUCCAUCACUGGCGAGCAAACAUGCAAGGAAUGAUAACAACAGUAUCUCCACUUCCAAAUUCAGAGGUGUUGUAGCACAUCAAAGUGGGCACUGGGGCUGUCAAAUAUAUGCCAAUCACCAACGUGUUUGGCUUGGGACCUUUAAAUAUGAGCAGGAAGCUGCUAUGGCUUAUGAUAGUGCAGCACUAAAGCUUCGAAGUGGUGAUUCUCGCAGAAAUUUUCCAUUUACUAAUAUCACUGUUGAAGAGGAAAACUUUCAAAGUUCUUAUAGUACUGAAGCAGUGCUCAGCAUGAUAAAGGACAGUACUUACCGGUCCAAGUUUGCUGAUUUCUUGAGGACUCGUGCCCAAAAUUUUGAAGCUGAUCUUAGCCUUAAGCUUAUGAAGACACAAAGCAGUAGAAGACUAACGUGCAAGCAACUGUUUCAAAAGGAGCUUACACCAAGUGAUGUUGGCAAGCUUAAUAGACUUGUCAUCCCCAAAAAAUUUGCUACCAAGUUCUUCUCACCAUUGUCAGAAGGUGUCCAAGAAAAUGCUGCCGAUGUUCGGCAGCUAUCUUUCUAUGACAAGGCAAUGAAGUUGUGGAAAUUUAGAUAUUGUUAUUGGAGGAGCAGUCAGAGUUAUGUCUUCACAAGGGGUUGGAGUGGAUUUGUAAAGGAAAAGCAAUUAAAAGCUAAUGACAUCAUUUGUUUUUGCUUAUGUGAGUGCAGAGAAAACUCAAAAGUUACUCAAGCAUACUACAUGAUUGAUGUGAACAAUGGUGGACAUGGACACAGCAGUAGCUUGUUGGAGUUGGGCAACGAAAGAGUUGACAUGGGCAUGGAGUUGCAGCUUCACCUUGGCCAAAGAUGUGCACAAGAUUGCAUGGAGGAGGAAAAUGUUGAAGGAGAUGAUGGAUUGAUGGUUGCCAAGCCAAGAAGUGAGGAUUCACAUACAAAGAGUUUCAGACUCUUUGGUGCUGAAAUCAUCUGAGAGGGUCUAAGACGAUAUUUAGUCUCUUUUUGUUAAAUUUUUGGGCCAGAAUUUUAAUAUGGCCACCUAAUGAUGAUCUAAUCAGCAGAAUUUAGGGUAAA